CGGUGCAGCAGGGCUCGAGCCUUCGCUCCCUUCAGCUAGCUAGUGUAGCUAGUGGCAGGCUAGCCGUCAGGUAGCUUACCCCGUUUACAAAUAGAUAUAUGUUUUUAUGUUUACUAACAGAGGUCUGGAAUACUGUUAUUAAAUGUCGCCCUUGUGAGGAAAGCGAAGGUGAAGUAUUGAGUGGUGGUGGGACAUAACUGUUAUUGUCUGUGUGCAUUACGUACUGUACGUUCCAUCAGCUAGGCAGCUAGCCCCAUUGUGACGUUUUUAUUCUGUAAUAGCACACUUGACGUCUCUAUAUAGUCACUGCAGUGGCCUUAGGUUUAACAAGUAUAUUUCAACCUCGGUAAAUGCGGUGUUACAAAUCCGUUCUUGGGGUAUGGGUUAGCGCAGGAAGGUGUGUAUUUGUUGACAUCGAACCAACAACCACCCUAAUUACAUUAUACUUCAUACGAGAGAUUGCUUUGUGUGGCAUUGGAAUUAAUCACUUUAUUGUGUUAUUAUGUUUAUGGGAAACGCUAUUUUACAUAGACCCGUCAGUCCUUGUCCUCAUCAUAGCGUCCUUUGACAGGCAUCUGUCCAGUCUGCAGCCUAAAUGAGCUGUCAGUGUUGUGUCAAGGCUACGUCCCGCCAAGGCGGUCAUAUAAGUUCAUAUUGAUUAAUCAUAUCGCUCUUGAUUAAUCAUAUCGUUCCAGGGUGAGUUGACUGCAGGGGAAAAUGCGCAAUGGAAAGACAGAGGCAACAUCGCAAGCCUGUCAGGCCCACGCUUGUUUUAAAUGGUCCUUGUGCUUGUUGCUGGGAUUAGCAGUGGUAACCAAAGGGCAAGUUUCAGUAUGCCAGGCUCUACAUCUGCCAAAAAACGGGGGCUACACCUGCCACCCCUCUCCGUGUCACAGAUUUUGUCACGGCACCGUGAUUGAAUUCUACUGCGAUGAAGGCUACAUCCUGAAGGGAAACUAUAAAUAUCUUACCUGUCAAUAUGGGGAGUGGGACAGCCCGGUUCAGAUCAGCUGCAUCAAGGAGCAAGUCUUCCCCCCAGGAUGCGUGAGCCCGUACAUGGUUGAAAACAGCUGGGUAAAUCACACAGAAACCAACAGGGGCCUGUUCCCUGUUGGCACCGUGCUGCAGUACAGCUGUGACCCUGGUUACCUGCCAGACAGCCCUAACAUUCUCACCUGCAUCUCGCCAGGACGCUGGUCCUCAGAACCUCCUCACUGCACACAGAGUAGUGGGUGUAUGAGACCCUUCAUGGAGCAGCACAUUUCUUCUAAUCUGACCGACACCAACAUCGGCGCCUUCCCCGUGGGCGUCGUGCUCCAGUACCGCUGUGAUCCGGAUUACCAGCCGGAUGGACCCACCAUCAGCAACUGCACUGCUCUGGGACAUUGGACCUCAGAACCUCCUCGAUGUAUCCGCACCGACGUAUGCCGGCCUCCAUAUCAGCCAGAGAACGGCGGCUACACCUGCCACCCCUCCCCAUGUGGAAGACUUUCUCACGGCACUGUGAUCGAGUAUUUCUGUGACGAAGGCUACAUCCUGAAGGGAGAAUAUAAAUACCUCACCUGUCAGUACGGCACAUGGGACGGCCUCAUACAGAUCAGCUGCAUAAUGGACCAAGAUCGCGAUGGAGCUUUACCGUUGGGGAUGCCGACUUUGUCCAUAGUGUCAUCCACAGCCAGCUCGGUGGCCCUUAUCCUGCUCCUAGUGGUUCUCUUUGUGCUUCUGCAGCCAAAACUGAAAACCUUCCAUCGACGGGAGGAGGGUUUGUCAGGCCAUCCCGUGUCCAUCAUGGUGGAAGGAGUCGAGGUGAAUCUGCCCUCGUACGAGGAGGCGGUCAGCCCCGAGUCUCGCGUGCAUAUUGUGUUGUCCGAGGGACAGCCACAAGUCGCGACCCCGGAGGCUGGCCCCUCUCGGCCCUCUUCCGUCAAACAGCUUCACUCUGAAAUGGCUGUGGUGCAUCCUUUGCCGCCUUCAUCGUCCUCGUCGCCUUUGUCCUCGAGCUGGACUCUGGACCACGUCGGCACAGCUGUGCCGCAAGAGGACCACGGUCUCCCUCUGCUCGACUCGGAGGUGGACUGCUCUGAUGAUAUGCCUUUGCUGGAGGAGGCCUGAAACACAAAUGAUGUUGACUACACAACAGUGAACACACGUUUCAAAGUGGCACUGAGCUAAGCCAUGUGUCGCUCUGACCACCCCAAAGCAGAACAUAAGAGCGGUCCUGUACAUGUCCAUACUAACUGCAUUUUCCAUAGGAAUCCCGCGCACCGUUUAUGUAUGUCGAAUGUCUUUCUGAUGCAUAUGUCUUUCUGUUUUGUCUGCUGGUGCUUUGAGCUCACAGCAGUUAUCAUUGAAAAUAAUAAUAAUAAUAAUAAUAAUAUAUGCAUCACAAAUCAUGGCACGAUGGACGACUGGUUAGAGCGUCUGCCUCACAGUUCUGAGGACCGGGGUUCAAUCCCCGGGCCCGCCUGUGUGGAGUUUGCAUGUUCUCCCCGUGCCUGCGUGGGUUUUCUCCGGGCACUCCGGUUUCCUCCCACAUCCCAAAAACAUGCAUGGUAGGUUAAUUGACAACUCUUAAUUGCCCGUAGGUGUGAAUGGUUGUUUGUUUGUAUGUGUCCUGCGAUUGGCUGGCAAACAGUUCAGGGUAUACCCCGCCUCCUGCCCGAUGAUAGCUGGGAUAGGCUCCAGCACGCCCGCGACCCCAGUGAGGAGAAGCGGCUCAGAAAAUGGAUGGAUUGAUGGCAUCACGAAUCACCUUCCACUUAUGUAUGCAACAUGGCUGCUUGUCUAGCACUGGACCUUACUUUGCUCUUUUUAACUUUUUCACACCUUUGUCCACGAUGGCCUUAUCUUCCCACUUCUAUGCACACGUAUCCAAUAUGUACAGUAAGGACUUUCCAAACUGAAUAUAUAUUUCACACUACAUAUAUGUAGCUUUGUCGCCACAGCCACAAAAUAUUAUACACUUAAUUUAUUACUAAACGUUUAAUUUAUUGUGCUGUUGACCAGCCAUGGCUUUGUUGACACUUUAACCUAUUUAAAUAAUAUAUUUUAUUUUCACUUUCACUGCCUAAGUUGCACUGUGGGCACUGUAAAAAAAAAAAAAAAAAAUCACUACAGUGUGGUGUAAUAUCAGUGUUAAAUUUUGUUUGCCUGUUCAUUCAACUUACAUGACUGAUCUUUUGGCUUGUCGCUUUGUGAAGUUUGUAUUUUAAGAUAUGUAAGGUUUUACGUUUAUUAUGUAACAUUUUGUUUCGAUCAUGUUUGAUUAAAUAUUAAAUAUUAUAUAUCUUAUAUAUAUAAAUAUUAUAUAUUAUAUAUAUAAUAUUAUUCAAUCCCCGGCCCGCCUGUGUGGAGUUUGCAUGUUCUCCCCGUGCCUGCGUGGGUUUUCUCCGGCCACUCCGGUUUCCUCCCACAUGCCAAAAGCAUGCAUGGUAGGUUAAUUGACAACUCUAAAUUACCCAUAGGUGUAAAUGUGAGCGCGAAUGGUAGCUUGUUUGUAUGUGCCCUGCGAUUGGCUGGCAACCAGUUCAGGGUGUACCCCGCCUCCUGCCCGAUUUUAGCUGGGAUAGGCUCCAGCACGCCCGCGACCCGAGUGAGGAGAAGCGGCUCAGAAAAUGGAUGGAUUGAAUUGAAAAAGAUCCGAAUUCAACAGUCUUUAAUGUGAUCCAAAGUCAAGUCCAUGAGGUUAUCGUGUUUGGUUAUUUUCCUCCAAGCUUCUCAGACACUGAGGCCGUUUCACUUCCUCUUGUUUCACGUUGACAUUCGUGUAUAUUCUUGUUUCUGUCAAAUAAAAA